AUGGUAGAGUCUGCUGAAGCAUAUAAGCAAUACGACGAGUUCGUCGUCACGGAAGUGGAACUGGGUUUAUGGCAUGUUCAAUUGAACAACCCCAAGACUUUGAAUGCUUUCUCCGAGACGACGUGGAGACAAUAUGGCGAAAUUUUCACCAAGCUUGAUGCCGAUCCAGAGGUCAAUGUGAUCUUGGUGUCUUCCACUUCGCCCAGGGCGUUCAGUAGUGGUCUUAACUUGAAAUCUGCCAUUGCAACUUUUGGUCAAAGCGUGGACAUGAAUAAUGAGGAACGUUACAAUCAUAUGCACCAACAUAUCAGAGACUUCCAGCACUGUAUCACCACGCCAGCCAGAAUCAACACUCCUACAAUUGGGUUGCUCAAUGGUGUGAGCUAUGGAUUGGCGUUAGAUAUGGCCGCGUGCUACACCAUUAGAGUGGCAGUUGAAGGUGUCAAGUUUUCCAUCCGUGAAAUCAAAAUUGGAAUUUCUGCGGACAUUGGUUCGUUGCAGAGACUCCCUGCUUUGGUCAACAACAAGUCCGCGUUGUACCAACAUGCCCUUACUGGCGACAUCUUCGGAGCCGACGAAGCGUUCCGCUUAGGUUUUGUUAGCAGAGUGUUACCUGAUUUGGAAUCUGGCGUCGAGUACAUAAAGGAGGUUGGUCUGGAUAUCGCUGGAAACCAGCAAUGGGCCAUCUACGGUACGAAAAAAUCUAUCCAAGAGAUCACCGAUGGACUUUCUGUGGAGCAGGGCUUAAAAAAUAUUGCCCAUCACAAUGCAACGCAUAUUGACAAAAGAUUCAUCCUGGCCAUGAUGGGAGUCAAGUUGUAG